GGGCGGCUUCAGAGAUCCGCGACGUCGUAUCGCCGCCAGGGAUCCUCCGGCCUUGUGUGGGACGACAAGCUCAUCGCCGAAUUCAGCCGCCAGGCCGACGCUGAAAGGGCAGCGGCCGCCGCAGCCGGCGGCGGAGAUCCGUCGUCCUCCCCCGAUGCUAUCACCGACACCACGAACCUCCGGGUCAAAACGUCGGAGCCGGCCAAGAUGCGUCGCAGCCACUCCGCCGGCGGCCGCGCCUACCGGUCCGUGAAGGCCGCCUAA